GAAAGCUCCCUGACCUCUUGAUAGAGGAAGAGAGAGGUGAAGGUCACUCUUUUGGGUUCAAAUCUUUAGAACGUUCAAAAUCAGAGGCAGCACUUCUUCAGGGAAAACGAUCCCAUCACCAAAGCUCGGGAUCUUCACAGGAUAGCGGUGAUUUUGGUGACCUACAUAACAUUUCUGAAUGCUCUAAAGUUUAUUUUGAUCUUUCGAAAGGUGAAACUUUUGAAGAACACACGGGUAAGAAUGUCUUUUUCGCACCAUCAAGGUCAAACUCUGGACGCUUUUUAGAAACUAUUCAUCAAAACGAAGAGUUACGUGUAGAUGAAAUGACCUUGAACUAUAGGGAUCAUAGGUCAAUCUCUGUUGGAAGUACAUCCAGUAUGGACAGUAUGGACGGGCGGUAUUAUAGAGCAGACGUUGAUGGUGGUCAAGAUGGCGCCAACUUCUUGGCAACUUUUGAAGCGCUUUCAACUUCUUUGAAAGAGAAAAUAACAAAACUAGUCACAUGUGAAGAAGAGGAUGAGCAAAUUGAAGUCCUUAAUGAUAUUAAUCUUUUAAUUGAUCAAGCGUGGUCAACACCCACUGUUGGUAGAGAUUUAGCCUAUGGCCUUAGUGCUAUUAUUAACCAAGAUAAAGCUUUAGAUGCAGUUUUAAAAUAUUGUCUACAAGGUUCAAAAUCGCUUCUUGUUUCUUCUAUAAAAGUUCUGGAACAAGUGUUAACCACUGAUAAUAGAGAAUAUGUGGCGGCUAAUGGAUUAGAUUCACUUGUUCAAAUGUGUUUGAAAUAUAAAGAUGAUCGAGAAAUUGCUCAAAUGACGACAGGAAUUCUGGAGAGCAUGUUUAAGACAUCGGAAGACACGUGUCAAAGACUAAUUGACCUUGGAGGUUUAGAGGUUAUAUUGUAUUGGUGUAGAUGUCAAGAUCGACUUACAUUAAGGCAUUGUGCCAUAGCUUUAGCUAACCUGUCUCUGUACGGUGGACCUGAAAACCAUAGCCAAAUGAUACAUCUUAAAGUUCCUGAGUGGUUAUUUCCCUUGGCAUUUAACGAGGAUGAUAUAGUUCGAUAUUAUGCUUGUUUAGCUAUAUCUGUGUUAGUUGCAAAUAAACUAGACAAGAAAAUUGAAACAGCUGUCCUGAAUUCAGGAACUUUAGCUCUUGUACUCCCAUUUAUAACAAGUCAUACACCCAUGGAAUUUGCGCAGAUGGACCUCUGGCAUCGCCAUGGACGGUCACAUGAAUGGUUAGAAAGACUGGUUCCUGUUCUUACAAGUAAAAGACAGGAACCACAGGCUCUUGCUGCAUUCCAUUUUGCAAUGGAAGCUGGGAUCAAAUCUGAACAAGGAAGAAAAAAGAUUUUUACUGAAAUCGGAGCUAUUGAACCCUUGAAGAAGGUUGCAAGUACAAGCCCAAAUCCAACAGCCUCUCGUUUAGCUGCCGAUGCCCUGAAAAUACUAGAGGAGGAGAUACCACAUAGAUUGUCUCAAAAUAUCCCACUCUGGUGUAAUGAAGAUGUUAUAUUCUGGGUUUCACAGAUAGGGUAUUGUGAAUACAUUCCACAAUUCAAGAAAUGUGAAGUUGACGGUGAUUUAUUACUGAGAAUUACAGAGGAUGAUCUCAUAGACAGUAUCAACAUGAGCCCAUCACUAGCGAGGAAAAGAUUUAUGCGAGAGCUCAGAGAUCUGAAGAUAUCAUCAGAAUACACGUCAUGUGACCCGAGCAAGCUUGACGAUUGGCUGAAACAGUUGUCUCCAGAACUAGGACAGUAUACAUAUCAGCUUCUGUUAUCCGGGGUAGAUAAAAAUUUCCUGUUUCAAAUGUCUGAAGAGCACCUGAGAGAAGACUGUGGUGUAACUAAUGGGGUACAUCGAGCCAAAAUUUUACAAUAUAUAAGAGAACAUUGUAUGCACCGGAUGUGUUCAAAGUCGAGUGUUGACGUGACUGAUGCCCCAGACACUUACACUGAUGUUAAAACAAUAGAUGCCUUUAUAAGUUAUAGAAGAUUAAAUGGGGCCCAAUUAGCUAGUCUUUUGAAAGUUCAUCUUCAGCUAAGAGGGUUCUCCGUUUUUCUUGACAUUGAACGAUUGAACGCUGGAAAAUUUGACGAGGGUCUACUGACUAGUAUUGCACAGUCGAAAAACUUUAUUCUCGUUCUUACAGCAGAUGCUUUAGAGAGGUGUAAAAAUGAUCAUCAGAAAAAAGACUGGGUUCACAGGGAAAUUGUUGCUGCGUUAGAAAGUAAAUGUAAUAUUAUACCGAUAACUGACAAUUUCGAAUGGCCGUCAGGAGAUACCUUACCAGAAGAUAUCAGGCAGAUUUGUUUCUUUAAUGGAAUCAAAUGGAUACAUGACUACCAAGAGGCAUGUGUUGAUAAAUUGGAGAGGUUCUUACGGGGUGAAAAGAAACCUUCCCUCCAUGGCCUUGGAUCCUCAUUUGAAGAUAAUUCUCCCCAUAAUGCACCUCAUGGUCAUGAUCCUGUAGUGAGGCCCAAAAGAGGGCAGAUGCAAGGAAUGGGGGCCUCAUUCGAGGACUGUCUAUGAAGAACUAUAGACAAUAGAAUCUAAAAAUUUUGUUGUUUAUCUGUGAUUCAUGUACAUGGAGAAGAGUGCUUGUAUUAAUGCAAUGCUAGAAGCUGAAAUACUAGUACUUGGUCAAUUCUGGAAGUUUAACUAAUUGUACUACGCAAUGAGAUAUUGUGCUAUUUUGUGUGUGGGCAAUAUCUCCCCUCUACAUAGAAGCAAGAUUCUGACCUAGAACAAACAUAUCUCAGAAUCUAGCUUUGGCACGUCAAUAUAUUUUUACCAACAAAUCCGGUAACAUUGAAAGGUCUGAUUCAGCACUGCUAAGUAAAUAUAUUUUGGCUUCUCUCAUUUGUUUGGUGUCUGUAAAGCCUCGCCCGACUUCACUCAUAAUUGUCUCUUCAGAUUUUUCAAACAUAUUUACUAGUACAUUGAAAUUAAAUUUGCAGGCUGCUUAUGUCAUUGCUAAAUGGUGAGAGCAAUGUUGCACAAUAAUAUUCAGCUGUUGCUUUUAAAAAAAACUAACAUAUUUAAGUUCCAGAAAGUUAUCAGUUUCAAAUUUUUAUUUAUUUUUUAUUAGACUUUAUAUCCUAUUUGUUCAAAUGUAAUAGCUGAGUCUAAGAUAAUGUUGUCUGGUAAGCCAAAUAUGUUUGUUAUAGCUCUUUUCAUGUGCCAAUAUUGGACAGAAUGGUAUGUUUGAUGCUUUCUAAAGGUUUUUAGGCAUUUUGUGUUGUAAAAUGGGCAAAAAGCUUCAUUGUAAAAUGGGCAAAACGCUUCAUUUAUGGUGUACUGGUACCACAAAUGGGACAAAAGUUCAAAUGGGACCACAUGAGAGGGUGAAGAUUGUUUAACCAGAAGGAGCUACAUUUCUACAUUUCUGUAAAUAGAACAGAAGAAAAAAAGACCUCAUACACUUAUUUUCCUAUGGGGAUAUCCUUACAUUUUCUUUCAGAAUUAUUUUAUCAGGCUAAGGUUUGGUCAAGAAGAAUUUGAAUGUUCCUCUAACAUGUUGUCUAACUGUACUGUACUCUAGUAUAAUACUGUAUACUUUACUUUUAUAUUUUUUAAAUGUUUCUUUUUCACAGUUUCAUUUUGUUAACAAUUUUUUAAACAUUUACUUUUUAAUAUGGAAACAUUUUAUACAGUGACUCUUUAAAGAUUGUAUUUUUAUUACCUUUACAGAGACAAUUUCCUUAUAUUCUUUACCUUAAAAAAGGGUAGUGGAUACCCAAAACUAGUAGGCUUUUAAUAAAUUAUAAACUUGUUUGGAAGUUGUCAUGUGUGACUUUCAUAUUAUUUACUGUAGUUUAAAUAAUAUUAAGAUAUUAUAACAAUUUAUAAAGUGAAUCUUUAAAGAUUGUAUUCUUAUUGAUAUUACUUUUACAGAGCAUCCUAUUGAGGGAAUAAAACAUAAAUUAGCAUACAAUUGUACUACCAGUAUUCUUUUUAUUUACCUAUGAAAAUAUCAAAAAAAUUGUAACUCUGUAUGUAUGUGGCAAAGGGGCAACUUUACAAAUCGUAUUACAUAUUUAGUCAAAACAGAGUAUCUUCCCUUGUUAAUGUCAAAAUAUAUUUAUGUUAUAGUAUUUCAGAAGGGAUAUUAAUUUAAAUGAACAUUGUUGUUUGUUUCUUUAAUGUUUGUUGUAUUUUACCACCUGAAACCAGAUAUUUUAUGGAAGUAAAUUGUUAGCAAUUUUGUGCAAUAAAACUGUCACCAGAAUCAAAA